GGCAACUUGCUGUUACUCCCUGCCAAAUUCCCUUGAUUUCUGACCCAGCUACAAAUAUUACAAGUCUGUGCUAUUGCUACAGGCUACGGGCCAAUUUUCCUCUUAACUUUUGCCAACAGUACGAUUCUCUUGUUAUGAUCCAAACCUGAACCGUCUAUUAGCCAUAGGACAGCUAUUCACCAUGCUCGGGAUACUACCGGACCUGACCCCGCGUGAUUCCCAUUCCGUCUGGUACACCUCUUCUCGCAACCCCUCCCACAGUCCCUUCAUCGACUCGGGUCCAGAAUCCCACCCACGGCAUCAACAGUAUGACCAUGGCGAUGGCGACAACGGUGGAAGCAAUGUCCGACGCCAAGGGCAAGCCGUCCUUGAGCGUUCCCUUCUUGUCCGUCUACGCGCCGAUGAGCAAUACAUGGAGCGCCGCCGUAUCAACAUCCAGAACUUCGGUGCCGCCUGGCUAAAACCCCCCGGAGUCCCCAAGACGCUCCAUCAAAUGCGAGAAGAGCGUCGAGAAGCGGAGGAACACGCAGAGGCCAUGCGUCGUGAACAAAUGCAACAGGAUCUCGCAGAAGCGGAGGCCGCCGGCCUGGAAAUGGAAGACGCAGGCGAGAGCGGAGAUCCCGAUGACAUGGGCGACGGAGCGAGGGAUCUCGACGAGGAGAUCCCCGACGCCUCAGCCAUGGACAUGGGCAUGAGUGCCAUCGACGAAGACACGACCGUUUCAUCAGUCAGUAGCGCCAGCAUCACCAGAGACGACGACGACGACGACAACGAUAGCGACGAUGAAGCUGCAGCUCGGAGCGCCGAGGCCAGACAGGAGCAGCGGCGCAACGAGCUGAUACAGGCGCGCAUGCGCAUGGCCGACGACGCCUUCCGCCAGGCGCUAGCCCGGGGCGACCCCGACGCCGGGGACAUAUACGAUGUCGAAGAGGAGCUCGAAGCCGAAGGACAGGGCGAGAUCCUCUUCGAGGAAGUGUUUCGAAACGCGCGGUUGGUCGGCGAGCACCACUUCCAGGACGGCGAACCGGAGGAGGACCUCAACAUGGACGCAAACCUGGACGAUAGCAUCCCCGAGGGGGGCGAACUCAGUGGUGUCUAUGAGCACACGGAUUCCGAGGCCGGGUUGAGCAGCAGCAGCAGCAGCUCCAUUAGCAGUAGUAGCAGCGAGGCCAACCGCGACGUGGACAUGGACUUCGCCCCGCGGUCCUCACUUGUCGGGGCCACUGCUCUUCGCCCCCCCGACAGUCCGACCCUGCAGGCCCGCGGCGAUCCAGCACGCGGCCACCGGAUGCGCCGGAGCAUGGAUCUCAGCAGUCUUCUCUCGGCGGGAGACAGCAGCGUGCUCGGGAGCAGCCCGCAGAGGGGGCCCUCGCGGCGGUGAUCCUGUGUUUUUGCACGAGAAACGAGUUCCUGCGUACGAGCAUGCGAACUCAGACACGACAGCCACCCAUUGUUGGCAUGAACAUGACUCACGAAAUAUGUUUUGAAAGGUAAAAUAGCUUAGGCGUUGGGGUAAUGCAAAGGGCACGCAAAGCAAAAGCCAUGGAUGGCACUGUAUUUCUUCGGUCCAGAGGGUAAGGCAAAAGGCAAAGAUAGGGCAAUGGCGCUUGCUACAACUGAUGAGCCCUUCUAUUCCAUAGAAGAAGGCAGGUAGGGUACGGGGCUGACCUGGACGAUUAGUGAUGGCCAAGGCUAAGCGGCACCGACCCAGGACUGCCGUGCAGAAGGGGACUCGGACUAGGCAGUAUAUAUUACAUUACAUGAGCAGAACUUUACAGAACAAAUCCGACAAAUGUCUACGCCGGGGC